AUGGACGCAAUCUCACGAGCCGGCAAGGCGUUCCUCACCUCGACGAGCGACAUGCUGCAAAAUGCACUCAUCUCGUCCAAUGCAUCCGCCGCCAAUGCACACGCCGACUCGCUCACCAAGGACCUUGUCGUCAAACAGCUCCUCAUCCACCCCAUCAAAUCAUGCCGCGGCACUUCUGUCCAGGAAGCGCCAUUCGACCACCAAGGUCUGCAGUACGACCGUACCUGGCUCAUCAUCGAUGCAACUACCAAGAAGUUCUACACGGCACGCGAGCUGCCCAAGAUGGUGCUCAUCCACCCCAAGAUCGAGCAGGACAUCAACAAGUUGACCAUCCAGAUCCCGCAGUCCGAGACGGGUGUGGCUGCGUCGACCGUGCAGGUGUCGCUGCAGCCAUCCAAGGAUGAGGUGGCCGGCUAUGAGGUGGUGGACGGCAUCUUCAUCUGGGGCGCUUAUGUCGACGGAUACGCUGUAUCCAAGCAAGCCGACGAGAAGCUGUCUGCCUACUUUGGCAAACAGGUCCGCCUGGUGCGCAAAGGCCCUUCGCCUCGAGAGAGCGGACCGACCAAGCCGGACGGCUCGGUCGAAUGGGACGACGCGGUGCUGCGGUACCAAGACUUCUUCCCCUGCCUCGUCGCAUCCGCCGAAAGCCUACGCGACGUCCAAAAGACCCUUACCGCCUCGGUGUACCCUUCCCACUCCCACGCGGACGGCGGGAAAGCGUACAAAGUGCCACCCUCGGUCAACCGCGAAUACUGGACUCCCGAAGAACUCUCGUCGCUCCCCAUCACCCGCUUCCGCCCCAACAUCAUCGUCGACAACGCCCCCGGUGCCCACACCGCGCUCUCCGCCUGGGAAGAAGACGGCUGGACCGCCGCCGAAAUUUUCUCCGCCUCCGACGACAACAACAACCCCCCGCCGCUCGGCGCCGAGGCCGAGGGCAAGGGCAGGGCAGGCAUCUACAUGCUCGCCAAAUGCGCGCGCUGCAUGGUGCCCAACAUCGACCCCGAGACUGGCGUGCGCGACAACUUUCUGCCCUACCGCGUCCUGCAGGAGUACAGACAGGUGGACAAAGUCGCCGCGCAGAAGGGCAAGCCGUGCUUUGGUAUGCUCAGCGUACCGAGGGAGAAGCAGGGUGUGAUCAGGGUGGGCGAUGUGUUUAGGGUGACCAAGACGACGGAUCCCGAGACCAGGCCUUCUCCUGUGUAG